CCCCGAACGCUGAGACGGAAGACAGCUGCGGCUUUGCUGUGCAGGAAGGAGCCCUGGGCGCCCUGCACUAACCUGAGCGCACACAUCUGGAGGUGGAGCGGGCUGGGGGCGGCUCCUGACACAGUCCGGACAGGAAGACUUCAUCACCUGGCUGCUGGUGUAGAAUUUCCUUAACCUGUUCCUCUGCCCCUCCAUUCACGAGCAGUGGACCCCUGGAGGCGCCUAUAUGCACACACGGUGGGUGCACCUAGCGGAUUUGAAGCACUUAGUACUGCACCAUGGGGAACCAUGUUGGAAGAAGAGACCAUAGCGAUGACCUUUCAGCAAAGAAUACAGAAAAUCGAGUAGUAGAAGAAGAAAAGCCUGUAAGUGAAGUGCCAAAUCCGGUCCAGGAAUGUGAGGACAAUGAGGUGUUUGCAGAUGUGAACCAGAACAAUGGCACCUCAUCCAAGGACACGGCGGUGACUGACUCCACGAGCACAGAAGACCCCGAGAAUGAUUGGAAGGAUGCCAACCCAGCUGACGCUGCCUCUCGCCCACAUUUAGUCCGCCUCUUUUCCCGAGAUGCUCCUGGAAGGGAGGACAACACCUUCAAAGAUCGGCCCUCUGAGUCAGAUGAGCUUCAAACCAUCCCAGAGGACAGUGGAACAACUUCACCAGAAACGGAUUUGAUGGCAUCACAGAAACUGUCUCGUACUCACGGAUCAAAACAAAUGGCAUCAGCAAGUACUUCUGACCACCACUCUAGGCAUGGCCAUGGAGCCCACGGGCGGUACAGGGACUCGGGUAUUCUUGACUCACUGGGCAGGCUCUUUGGAGGUGAAAGGCAUGUUCCUAGGAAGGGAAAGGAUGUCCACCUGUCCAGAUCAGGCUACCUCUCUUCUUCUCCUCAGCGAUCUUACUAUGCCCAUGGCAGGCAUGUUGAUGAAAACCCUGUUGUCCACUUCUUCAGGAACAUGGUGACUCCCAGGACACCACCCCCUUCUCAACCAAAGAGAGGAUUGUCCCUCGCCAGAUUUAGUUGGGGAGGUGAAGGGCACAGGGCCUGCUAUGGAGGAUCCAGUCCUAGAUUCUUUGAGCACCACAAAUCGUCCCAUAAGGGAUACAAGGAUGCACACAGAGAUGGCCAAGGAACCCUUUCCAGGAUCUUUAAACUGGGAGGAAGAGACAGCCGAUCAUCUUCCCCCAUGGCUAGGCGCUGAAGCCUCCAAGAUGUCUGCUCCACGUGAUACACCUGCCACUGUAACCUGAAGUGCCAUUACCAAUAACAUUACUACUCAGUAUAACGCUCAUAGCAAUAUAAACAAUCUGUCAGGUAGAGACCGAGGACUGUGACUGCAGUUAAUUAGUGUUGCCAGUACCUGAUAAAACAUAGAGUUGAUUAAUAGGAUGAUGGAACCACAGUGAUGGACUCUGCUGUCUAAGUCCUAACCAAACAUUAAUACAGUCACAAAGCCACAUGACUUAGAUUUCUUUUUUUUUAGAUAUCUUUUAGCAUUGCUCCAUGUAUUGAUAUGAGAUGCAAUGCGUUGCCUGGCCAGACAACAUGGGUUAUAAACCAGACGUUAACAACCAAAACUAAAAAAUAUUUUAGGAUUUGUUCUGGUUUUUGCUGCUUGGGUUUAUAUAGUGGUGCUUUUUAUUGUAUUACUUUCAAUAACGUCCAUUCUCUCUCACACGCAUGUUUUUCUUUCAUACUAGGUAGAGACAGCAGUUCUUGAGGGUAGUUGGGUAAAGGGCAAUUUUAGCAUGUGAGAAGGGUACAUGGUACAGCUCACCGACUUGAGGUGGAGGACAUUGGGUAAACAAUAGAGUCUAGCUUUACAGCUCUGCCUUUUUUUUGGGAGGAGAGAAAUAGUGAGAGAGAGACUGGGUAUUUCAGAAAGUCUGGAAAUAUCCUGGGUACUGUGCGCACAUGCAGGUUAAACUGCUUCCUCUUGUCGCAACUCUGGCUUAUAGCCUUAUCUAUAGUCUAGAAACAUUAUACAAGCA